AUGGCUUCGGCGGUUAUAAGUUCCUGGGCCUUUUCUUUCCUCCUCUCACUCCUGUCCCUCCUUAGGUUACCCGCCUCGUCUUGGAUAAAUCGCAAUGGCGGCGCCGUCGGUCGGGGUGGUCAGCAAGCAGCAGUGGGACGAGGCUCUCACAAAGGUUCUGGACCUAUCCACGACCACCAUCGAGCGCAACGCGGAGUUGGAAGCCAGGGUCACGGAGCUGAGGUAGAGCUCGCGGUUUGGAAGCAGGCCCACUCCAACGUCACGGACAUGAUGGAUCGCGACAAGAAGGCGCAUAACGCGCGAGUCGCGACACUUAACAGGCAGAUAGCCUCGAUGGGUCUGCUGAAGGACCCACUCAUUCUCUGCGUUAUUGACGGAGACAUGAACAUUUUCUCCCCGAUGCUCCUGGCCCAGGGCUUGCAGGGCGGUAGGCAGGCCGCGCAAGAGCUUACUAAGAGCAUCGCCGAGUUCCUAUCCCAGGAAGAAGUCCAGGUUUUCGGACGGCUCUCCUUCUGGGUGACCAUCUACUUCAACAAACGCGGCCUUGUGAACAUGCUCCGGGACGAAGGCAUCUGCGGGCCUGAGCAACUCGAGGCAUUCAUGUCCGGGCUGAGCCAGGCGUCCCCUCGGUUCCUCUUAGUGGAUGUCGGUCCGGGCAAAGACGGAUCUGACGUAAAAAUCAGAGAAUACCUUCAGACGUACGUCGCCUUACCGCAGACGAUGCGGGUAUUCUUCGGAAGUGGCUCUGAUGGCAACUACAAAUCCGUGCUGCUCGACCUCGAGAAGGACGAACUGCUCGGGAAGGUCGUGCUCUGCAAGGGAACAGAGACUCUGUUCAUGGCUCAGCCUCCGGCAUACGUUCACAGGCGACCUGGGUCGAUUCCCCUUGCUGGAUUGAAUCAGAAUAUCACUACGCAAGGCGGUCUCAUCAGCCCUCAGUCUGAGACGCAUGUCACGGCCGCUUCUACCUCUGUCGGGCCCGGCACCAACGCUAGGUUUGGGUCCAAUGCGAAUGGGGCGAAGCCGAUAGAUCCAACGAAGGCUAACUGCAAGUACUCCCACGAUUGGUACCUCUCACCUGAGCAGCUUGAGACACUGUCCAAGAAUGCGAAGAAGGCCCCGUGCAACUACUUGAAGAACGGUGCUGCUGGGAUGACACGUCGUCCUUCAUAUCAGGGCCAUGUCUGCCCCAGCGGGGCUCGGUGCUUCCACCUGAGCAAGGGCAAGUGCUGGUUUAAAGGCGAUGGCAUGCACCCAGUCAUGGGUCCUACAGAGCUUCUCAUUUAG